UUUUGUUGGAACGUACUAAGAGCAGAUGGGGGGAGACCCUGAGGUCGAAAACUAUAAACAGCGGGAAAGAGGGGGAAAUGCAUAAAUAAAAUGUGCCAAGAUGAACUGUCGUUCAGAGGUGCUGGAGGUGUCGGUGGAGGGUCGUCAAAUCGAAGAAGCUAUGCUGGCUGUGUUGCAUACCAUACUUCUCCACCGCAGCACAGGGAAAUUCCAUUACAAAAAGGAAGGAACCUACUCCAUUGGAACAGUUGGCACACAAGAUGUUGACUGUGACUUCAUUGAUUUUACCUAUGUCAGGGUUUCUUCAGAAGAGCUGGACCGGGCAUUGAAAAAGGCUGUUGGGGAAUUCAAGGAUGCUCUGCGAAACUCUGGCAACGAUGGGAUAGGCCAGAUCUCACUGGAGUUUUAUCAGAAGAAGAAGUCACGGUGGCCUUUCUCAGAUGAGUGCAUCCCCUGGGAAGUGUGGACGGUCAAAGUGAAUGUGGUGAGCCUGGCUAAUGAGCAGGAGCGACAGAUCUGUCGUGAGAAGGUGGGUGAGAAACUCUGUGAGAAAAUCAUCAAUAUUGUGGAGGUGAUGAACCGGCAUGAGUACCUACCCAAGAUGCCCACCCAAUCGGAGGUGGACAAUGUGUUCGACACUGGGUUGCGGGAUGUCCAGCCCUACCUGUAUAAGAUUUCUUACCAGAUCACUGACUCACUUGGGACUUCUGUCACCACCACCAUGCGGCGCCUCAUUAAGGACACUCUGGCACUCUGAUGCCCAUGAGAAUGUGCACCUGACAUCAUUGGAAGGCAACACAAGCAACUGGUUUUCUGUCCUCACUCAGCUUCAGAGUACCGAAUCCAUCCAUCCUCCCUGAAAACCCAGGAGCCUUGGCGCCCAGAUACUCCGUUCUAAUUCAUUAAUCUCCAAAGCCAUCCAAGGCCAUGAUGGAAACAACCCUGACUUUCAGGCUUGCCACUUCUCUAUAUCCUCAUAAUAAAGAAAGAAAUUCUGGAGUCCUCCAUCAGUUCCCUUUUCUUUGCUCCAUUAGAUGAACUACAGUUAUGUCAUUUUGUGAGAGAAAACUGUGUGCAUGUUUAGUGAUAAUUACCCUUAGUAAGCCUAUAUGAUAUCUCCAAAGUUGGUGAUCUCCAUGAGUCCUAACAUUAUAUUCAUAACAGAUGCCUUGAUCUCUUAACUGGACAAUGUUUUGCAGGUCUGUGCAGGCUGGGAUUACUUUCCUUGGCAAAAUGGGCGCCUUUCUUUCUGCU